GCUGAAUAUGACACCGGGCAUUACAAUCAUUCCUUGCACUGCGUGGGAUUCUUAUGGAUAGCCACUAAGCAGUCCAGAAACCCGAACUGCACACAAUGCAUUUUGUUUGCUUCCUUGAUGCCUCUAUGCUUCCUGACCAGAGUGGAGAGGUUUUCCGCGUGCCACCGUCUUCAUUCCGUUCAACUCAGCGAUCAAGAGAACCAAGUUACUUUUGGAAAGUGCAACAACGCAAACGGUCAUGGACACAAUUACAAACUAGAAGUCACUCUGUUUGGUCCGACGGAUCCCAUUACUGGGAUGGUAAUUAACCUGUCUGAUUUGAAGUCGAUCAUCCAAAGACAUGUACUCGAUAUUUUGGAUCACAAAAAUUUGGAUAAAGAUGUAGAAUACUUCCGUGAUAAGCAAUUGGUUUCCACUACGGAAAAUUUGGCAGUCUUCAUUUGGCAGCAACUUGCCAGUGCAUUACCGGAAAACCUUUUGAGCGAGGUAAAACUGUGGGAGACGGAAAGUAACUGUGUGACUUACAAAGGACGGGAAAAAUGA